CAAGUCAAAAUGAGCCAGAUGGGUCAGUCAAUUUCACCAUUUUUCCUCUUCCAUUUCGAUGCUUCUCUUUAUAAGGUCUCUAAAGGGGAUUUGGAGAAAGGCAAAUUUGGUCCGCUCUUGGAAAAAUAUGGCCAAAUUGCUCCUAUUGCUGCUCUCUUUCAUUAUUUUGGUUGCUUUUGGGGUUGCUAAUGGGGCUGAGAAGAAGGAGCAGAUUGGGGUUUUUGAGCUCAAGAAGGGAGAUGUUUCGGUGAAGUUUACCAACUGGGGUGCCACUAUUGUAUCCCUUCUGGUCCCGGACAGGCAUGGGAAGUUGGGUGAUGUUGUUCUUGGGUAUGAUUCCAUUCAGGAGUAUCAGAACGAUACGUCGUAUUUUGGUUCAAUAGUCGGACGAGUUGCUAACCGAAUUGGCGGUGCAAAAUUUAUUMUGGAUGGAGUUCUAUACAAGCUGRUUGCCAAUGAAGGAAACAAUACACUUCAUGGUGGCACUAGAGGCUUCAGUGAUGUUGUCUGGAAAGUGACCAAGUAUAAGAAAGGUGGUAGUUCUCCUGAAAUCGUUUUUUCCUAUCGCAGCUUCGACGGUGAAGAAGGUUUUCCUGGUGAUCUCUUGGUGAGUGUCAAAUACACACUCAUUGAAAACAACCAAMUGAAGAUAACAAUGAAUGCCAAAGCUCUAAACAAGCCUACUCCUGUAAAUCUAGCUCAACACACCUACUGGAAUCUUGGUGGACAUAACAGCGGCAAUAUCAUGUCGAAUCUUCUUCAGAUCUUCGGAUCUCGCAUCACUGUCGUCGAUCACGAUCUUAUUCCCACUGGAAAGUUAGCUCCCAUMAAGGGAACUCCAUACGAUUUUCUCAAGCCCCGCACGGUUGGAAGCAGAAUAGACAGGCUACCAAAAGGCUAUGACAUAAACUAUGCCCUCGACGGUGGCAGUGGGGGAGGCAGGCUGAAGAAAGCAGCAAUCGUGCACGAUAAGAAGUUGGGAAGAACGUUAGAGCUCUCGACAAACGCUCCCGGCGUGCAGUUUUACACAGGCAACUUUAUAAAGGACGUGAAGGGAAAGGGCGGGUUCGUGUACCAAGCUCAUGCCGCGCUUUGUUUGGAGACUCAAGGCUUUCCUGAUGCAGUGAAUCACCACAAUUUCCCUUCAACUAUUGUUACUCCACAGAAGCCUUACAAUCACAUUAUGCUGUUUAAGUUCUCAGCUGACAAAUAGUGUUCGUUUUAGUGUUUUUACUGAAGUGGCUCUGGAAAUAAGAUUGUCCCUUCUUUCUUAGCUUUUGAAAAGCUCUGUCUUAUCUAUUAUGAUGCCAAAUGGAAUGAAUAUUUGGGAGGUUGGAAAUAGAAGAAGAGUUAUUUUUGUUCUUCAAUGUGUAAAAUUGCCGGGGAGAAAUGAAAUAGACAUUCGAGGUUGCUGUGGACCCGUUUGGUAA